GACACAAAUUUUUGGCGAAUCAUUUGAUUUGUUUUUUUAAAUGGUUUUAUUCUUAUGAUUUAUAAAGUAUUUUGUACUAGUAAAUUCAUACAAUAAGCAUAAUAUGACGUUAUGAUUACAAUAAGAAUAAUAUAUAAAAAUGAACAGCGUGUGAAGAUCGCCAUCCAUUGACGGAUUCUGUUGAUCGUCGCCAUUUUUUCGAAGUUAUUGACCAAUUCAAAACAAUGGAGCAAAAUCCUACAAUUAUUUCGGAAUCCGACAAGAAAGCUCUGUUAGAUAAAUUGGACAGAGGAUUGCCGAUGACAGACAUUGUAAGCUACUCAGAGAAAACGUCAGCACUAGCCUGUGGGUACGGCUUCGUGGCACUCUAUAUGUUAUACCACAUAAAGCAGAUGGCCGAUGACAAAUAUAUCCGUUCUAAUACCUUGGUCCAGUACAGCAAUUACCUGCACCGUAUGCUACUGGUUAUGUACAUGUUGAGAUGCCCUAUUUUCCGGGGCACGUGGUUCGUGGCUGUCUACGUUGACGCUCUGCUAAACGGUUUUGAUAAAAUCGAGAACAACCCGUUUAUUCGGACGGCCAAAGUGUCAAUAGGUCCUCUUCGUACAUGCCACAAAACGCAGAAAACUGACCGUCUUCUUCAUGAACCCGAAGAAGUACAUCUCUCCAAGGAUUUCUCAUACCUAAACACAAAGUUGCUGUCUAAUUUACGACUUAAUUCCGAAGGCGUCCUGUCAAAACUGUUUGCCCCCCAAGACGACCACCGAUUCGACGUGUACGGAUUUUUCUUUAGCAAAAAACACAUAAACGCAAAGCUCGCCCCGCCAAAAGUUUGGUUCGAAACGUACAGAAAUCGCGCCCUAAGAGGUGUCUACCAUACCGUGGAGGACACGUGGAAAACAAACUAUUUCGCUCUGUGCGAUUACACCAACACGGUCAAGGACCUGGUACUGAUGACCGCGUACUACGCUCUACUUAAGCACUGUCGUUUCUUGCUGAUCACGUGGUACAUCUUAGUGGACCGAGUCAAUCUCGUGGAACCUAGCCUGCGACCAAGUGUGCGGGAAGAGCGCAAAAAGUUGAUGCAGAUGCCGCUGCCGCUUCUCGAGACCAUCUUCCGCGACCUGAACAGUGCGAUGGACGUCAGAAACCUGUCAUCUAUCGAAGCCAAUUUAAACAACGACCCGGGUGCCAACAAAACCGACUUCACGGAAUUCGUCCAACAAGUGUUGGCGAUGUACAACUUGUAUGCUAAAAAAGUCAAAGCCAAUCUGUUGAGCUACGACGAUUGGCUGGACAGUUUUAAGAUACAGAACCAGUUUUUCUACGAUAACCCCAGCGUUCCAUCGUUCCAAUCAGCACUGAUGGAAAACGUUCAAAUACUUCAAACUUACUACGACGACGUGAUAGAAACGCUGAAGCCCACCGAUUUCGCUGCUAUUGAAUACUUGUCGUCUGUGAAUUAUAAGGGAAAAGUUCAACAAGAGCUACCAUAA